AUGGCGGACGACCCGGACCCCGGGGAUCCCGGGGGCCGGGUGGGGGGCGGCCUUGACAGCGACGUGACGGGAGCCUUCGGGGGUGAAGGGGGGGUAAGCACAGUAGCAGCUGGUGGGUCGCUCCACCUAUUGACCGGUCACAAAAGACGGGGGGGGGCUGAGAGUGCGCUCCAGAGCCCACGCAUUCGUCGCCUCCACCACGAAGACCUUCUGUGCCUCUUUGGCAAACCAGCCAAGAGACGGUGUUGUGAAGCAGGCCGUUCGAUUUCAGUACUGACAUGCGGCCAACCUCUCGAAGACCCUCCCAACACCGGGUCUGACGGCGAUUACCCUGUACCUUCGGCCAUCAUCGGAGAAAGGGGGGGAGCAACAACCGAAAAGGGUCCAGUCGACGAGGCGGCGGUUGUACCACGGGUGGCAUCGGAGGUAGCGAGGGCAGCCUGGGAGGAACACCGUAGGCGCUUGCAACAACAGCAUGACACUCGCAGACGCUGCCUACCUGUGAGGGCAAUGUUGCACGGCGCCGGCUCGGCCGACGCCGCAAUCCCCCCGGUCGUGCCACGUCUCGCAUGGCGGCAGGAGCGGAGGCGCCGGAGUGCGGCGGGGAAAGACAGGCAGCAGGAGCCACUAGUGGGGGGUCAGCGUGACCCGCAGGUGGGCGGGCAGCAGGGGGCCCGGGAGAGGAGCCGGCAGCCGCCGAGCGGAGGGCAGCAGGAGCUGCCGAGCGGAGGGCAGCGGCAGCUGCCGAGCGGAGGGCAGCGGCAGCUGCAGAGCGGAGGGCAGCAGGAGCUGCAGAGCGAAGGGCAGCAGGAGCUGCAGAGCGGAGGGCAGCAGCAGCUGCAGAGCGGAGGGCAGCAGCAGCUGCAGAGCGGAGGGCAGCAGCAGCUGCCGAGCGGAGGGCAGCGGGAGCUGCAGAGCGGAGGGCAGCAGCAGCUGCAGAGCGGAGGGCAGCAAGAGCCGGUUUGGGUGUUGGAUGUGGAGAUGGCGGACGAGGCUUGCACCGAUGAGCUGGAAUCAAGCCCCAUGGAGGGGGAGAAUGCCAACCCUGAUUCCCCGGACCAAGCGGAAAGGCCCCGAGCGCGGGGCCGGGGCCGGAGGCGACGGGCAACCAAACUGCAGCAGCUGCAGAGCGGAGGGCAGCAGCAGCUGCCGAGCGGAGAGCAGCAGCAGCUGCAGAGCGGAGGGCAGCAGCAGCUGCCGAGCGGAGGGCAGCAGCAGCUGCAGAGCGGAGGGCAGCAGCAGCUGCCGAGCGGAGGGCAGCAGCAGCUGCAGAGCGGAGGGCACCAGCUGCCGAGCGGAGGGCAGCAGCAGCUGCAGAGCGGAGGGCAGCAGCAGCUGCAGAGCGGAGGGCAGCAGGAGCUGCAGAGCGGAGGGCAGCAGCAGCUGCAGAGAGGAGGGCAGCAGCAGCUGCAGAGCGGAGGGCAGCAGCAGCUGCCGAGCGGAGGGCAGCGGGAGCUGCAGAGCGGAGGGCAGCAGCAGCUGCAGAGCGGAGGGCAGCAGCAGCUGCAGAGCGGAGGGCAGCAGCAGCUGCAGAGCGGAGGGCAGCAGCAGCUGCAGAGCGGAGGGCAGCAGCAGCUGCAGAGCGGAGGGCAGCAGCAGCUGCAGAGCGGAGGGCAGCAGGAGCUGCAGAGCGGAGGGCAACGGCAAUUGCAGAGCGAAGGGCAGCAGCAGUUGCAGAGCGGAGGGCAGCAGCAGCUGCAGUGCGGAGGGAUGGAGCUUGCAAGGCCGUUAGAGGGGGGCAUGGAGACGGAGUCUAGCAGGAGGGUCUUGCCGGUGUGUUCGAGUGGAGAGGAGCACCCAGACCCUACAUUGACACCCCCGCCCCGCAUUCCGUGCGAAACCUGUUAUCGCACGUUCACGGAGAGAGGAAAGGCCACACGCCAUAUGUCGGCCUGCAGGGCAGCGGACGCCCAGCGUUGUGCUCAGGCGCUUGGGUUGACCCGCGACGUCACAGAUGACUCGGACGGCGAACCCCCGCCACCACGUGAUAUCAGUGAAGAGGUGUGGGCCGCAGUUCCUACAUGGGACUGGGAGUCGUUUUUUUGGAUCGAAUUGGUGCCAGGGAGAAUCAUGUGUCGUAUCCCACAGCGCGCUAGAUUGGGGGUGCUUGAUGCACUGUCUUGUGUCCUGAAGCGGCUACAGUUAAAGGCAGCAGACGAGGCGGCGUCCUUGGUCUUUUUGGCCUUCCCUCGUCUUAUCUUGGGGAUGCCAACUGGGCAAGGCCAGGGGCAUAGGGCGGCAAUCAGGGAGCGGUUGGAGAAGUUUUGGGUCGGGGAGUGGCGGGAGCUGUUUGAGUUGGCGGUGGCGGUAAUGCAACCUGCGGCGCGUCCUUUGUCCUUCACCCCCCCCGAGCAUGAUCCUGAUGCGGUGCGCCUGGCUCGCUGCCGCACAAGGUGCAAAGUGGGAGAAUGGAGUCGGGGUUUGGCGUGUCUUACUGCCGGUAGCAUCGCUCAGCCCUCUCAGCACAUGGUGGACGCGCUGCGAGCGAAACACCCAUCGAGCGAGACCGCCAUUCCGGAGUGGUUGCAGGAGGAGAUAGUUGAGCCUUCCCUUAUCCCGCAGCUCUCAGUGGAGGUACUUGCCCUCAUCUCCUCUCUGCUCUCCUUUCUCCGCCCAUUGCCCCCCUCUCCCCCCUCGUUCCCGCACGCUCUCAUCUCAUCUCUCCCCCUUCUACCCUCAUGUUCCCCCCGCCCUUUGCCCAUAUCACCAGGUGUCCCCCCGCUCUCCUUUCUUCUCAUCUCCCGCUCACCCCUCAUCAUCCUCUCACUCGCGCCUUAUCUCUCCCCCGUCCCCGCACAUCUAACUUCACCUCCCUUCCGCUCUCCCCUAAUCUUUCCCUCUUUCGUCUCAUUUUCAUCUCCCUCCCCCCCUUUCCCAUGCAGCCCACAUCUCCCCCGCUCACCCCACUUCUCCUGCCCCGCCCAUCUCUCAUUCCCCCCUCUUUCUCCCGUCACCCCCCUUCACUCACUCCUCAUCCACCCCUUCUUUCGCCCUCACUCACUCCUUGUUAUCCCCCCACCCCGGACCCGCCCCCCGCUUACCUGCCAGCUGCUCUCCUCCUGGCAUCACGCAGGGGGGAAGAGUGGUUCAGCAGCCUCCACGCUCGCAACGGCGCCAUCGUGA